AUGAUCCGAAGUUUCGAUAAAUAUUUGCGAAAUUUGAAGCCGAAAUAUGAUGAUGAUGUAGUGGACAGAUGUAACUAUUUGGUCACUAACAUUAUGCUUCUAAUUUGUGCAAUAACUGUUGCUGCGAAGCAGUAUGUUGGAGAACCUUUACAAUGCUGGGUACCCGCUGAAUUUCAGGAUGGCUGGGAGCAAUAUAUUGAGAAUUUUUGCUUCGUUGAAAAUACUUAUUUUGUGCCGUUUGAGGAUGAUAUACCUACGGAUGCUACGAAGCGUGAUCAAUAUCAAAUACAAUAUUAUCAAUGGAUACCGUUUAUUCUUGCCCUACAAGCUUUGUUAUUUCUUGUACCUCGGAUCAUCUGGAUAAUGUUUAAUUGGAGGACAGGAUUAAAUAUGCAAGCCAUUGUUGAUGCAGCAAUUUUGACCAGAAAAGUGGGAGAAAAACGAUAUUUGAAAAAAAGAACGAAAAAUCAAGAGAAUUCAUUUGCGCAAGCUCAACAAAUCACUUAUGUGAUGGAUUUUAACCGAAGGAAAAGUCAAUAUGCAAAAUUAAUGGUACCACUGCGGCAAAUUUAUGUUACGGCAUUAUAUUUACUUUGCAAAUGUUUGAACGUAAUAAAUAUCAUUGGGCAACUUUACUUAUUGAAUCGCUUCCUCGGUAUGCAAUAUUAUUUUUGGGGUUUUGGAGUACUCAACGAUUUAAUUCACGGUAGAGAAUGGUUCAUAAGCGGAAAUUUCCCGAGGGUUACCCUUUGUGAUGUUAUAAUUCGCGAAAUUGGCAAUACGAAUCGAAAAACUGUCCAAUGUGUUCUAAUGAUAAAUAUGUUCAAUGAGAAAAUAUUCCUUUCCCUGUGGUUUUGGUUGAUGGCUUUGGGCCUUUUAACAAUUCUUAAUUUGGCCUACUGGACAGUGAUAACCUUUGUUCCAAGCUAUUCUAGAAGCUUCGCAUCUUCUUAUUUGACUUUUCACAAUAUUGAACCAACAGAAGAAGAACUCGAUUAUUUCCUACACUAUUCAGCCGGAAAGGAUGCAAUUACAGUGCUACAUUUGGUGAGCGAUAAUGCCGGUGAAAUGGUCGCAGCUGAUCUAUUUGCAGCUUUAUGGUACAUUUAUGAAGAACGCAAGAAUGCAAAAAAAAUUCAGGAUUGA